GGAGAACCAUCAGAGCAGAGAGAAGCUGUGGACAUUCACAAGAUGGUGAAGAUGCAGUGGAGUCUUUUUGUGUUCAUUGUGAUGGGUCAGUGUUCCUCCAUUGGGGGUCAGCUGUAUGACUACCACUUCAUUGGAUAUAAGAUGACCUGGGAAGAAGCCCAGAAGUAUUGCAUAAAGAACUACACUGACCUGGCCACAGUGGCUAACCAGGAAGACGUGCAGAGACUCCGCGACACUGCAAAGAAUGCAAAGUAUCCAGACCACUCCAAGACUGAACCAGCUGGACAGUAUCCAGGCGGAGCCUGGAUUGGGCGGCAAAACAAAACAACAAACCGCGUGUGGCGCUGGUCUCAGCCAGGGGUGGAGUUCAACAAGAGUGAGAGUAAAUGGUUUACAGGACAGCCAGAUAAUGUAGGCGAUCAAGAGGUCUGUGUGAGGAUGAAUCAUGGCACAUGGGAUGACGACUUAUGUUCUAACACCUAUAAAUGUAUCUGCUAUGACGACAACCAGAAGACAUUUUAUAUCAGUAACUUUACGAUGACCUGGCUAGAGGCUCAGAGAUUCUGCAGAAAAAAUUACACUGACCUGAUCAGUGGAGUCAAACAGCUAGAAGACUUCAUGAAACAGCCGUAUUAUGCAAACCUGUGCAAGCCUAAUGAACUCUGCCCUUUCUGGAUCGGCCUGUUCAGAGACUCUGACUGGAGUUGGUCAGAUGGGAGCAGUUUCUCUUUCAGAUCCUGGGAUAAAGGUGAAGAUGAACACCCUGAGAAGAAAUGUGCUAUGACUAAGUCAAAUGGAAAUUGGAGCUCCAAUGACUGUAAGAAAACCAAACCCUUCUUCUGCUACAACGAUUCAGUGAUCCUGAUCAACCAGAGCAUGAUCUGGGAGGACGCGUUAUACUACUGCAGACAUCACCAUGGCGACCUUGUCUCCAUCACCAACCUGGACGAUCAGCGCUGGGUCCAGGAGAGAGCCAAGAUGGCCUCCACUCCCUACGUGUGGCUGGGACUGCGCUACACCUGCACUCUGGACUUCUGGUUCUGGGUCAGUGACGAGACGGUCCACUACACCAACUGGGGCCCCGGCCAGCCUGGGGACGACUGCAACAUGUCUGGAGCCAUGGCCCGAAAUGGAACUUGGGUCAAACUGAUCGACGAUGACAAACAGCUUAAUUUCAUCUGCUCCAAGAACAAACCAGCAGAAUGUAACUAAAUACAUUUACUCAAGUACUGUACUUCAGUAAUAAUGUUUUUGUG